UCUUGUAGAUGGUUUCAUCCAAAUAUUACUGGGGUGGAGGCAGAAAACCUACUGCUAACAAGAGGCGUGGAUGGCAGUUUUUUGGCACGGCCCAGCAAAAGUAACCCAGGAGACUUUACGCUCUCUGUUAGACGAACUGGAGCUGUCACCCACAUCAAGAUCCAGAACACAGGAGACUACUAUGACCUCUAUGGAGGAGAGAAGUUUGCUACAUUGGCUGAGUUAGUCCAGUAUUAUAUGGAACAUCAUGGACAACUCAAGGAAAAGAAUGGAGAUGUUAUAGAGUUGAAAUAUCCCCUGAACUGUGCUGAUCCUACGUCUGAAAGGUGGUUUCAUGGGCAUCUCUCUGGAAGAGAAGCUGAAAAACUAUUAACAGAAAAAGGAAAACAUGGAAGCUUUCUUGUGCGUGAGAGUCAAAGCCACCCUGGGGACUUUGUUCUUUCUGUCCGGACAGGAGAUGAUAAAGGAGAGAGUAAUGAUGGGAAAUCUAAAGUGACACAUGUGAUGAUUCACUGUCAGGAUCUAAAAUACGAUGUUGGUGGAGGGGAGAAAUUUGACUCUCUGACAGAUCUAGUGGAACAUUAUAAGAAGAACCCUAUGGUAGAAACUUUGGGCACAGUAUUGCAACUCAAGCAGCCUCUGAAUACUACCCGUAUUAAUGCUGCAGAGAUUGAAAGCAGAGUGCGAGAGCUAAGCAAGCUAGCAGAGACUACCGAUAAAGUCAAGCAGGGCUUCUGGGAGGAAUUUGAGACUUUACAGCAGCAAGAAUGCAAACUUCUCUAUAGUCGUAAAGAAGGUCAGCGUCAAGAAAACAAAAACAAAAAUAGAUACAAAAACAUUUUACCCUUUGAUCAUACCAGAGUUGUUCUACAUGAUGGUGAUCCAAAUGAACCUGUUUCAGACUAUAUCAAUGCUAAUAUUAUUAUGCCUGAGUUUGAAACCAAGUGCAACAACUCAAAGCCAAAAAAAAGCUACAUUGCUACUCAAGGUUGCCUACAGAACACAGUGAAUGAUUUUUGGAGGAUGGUAUUCCAGGAGAAUUCUCGAGUUAUUGUUAUGACAACAAAAGAAGUUGAAAGAGGAAAGAGUAAGUGUGUCAAGUACUGGCCUGAUGAAUAUUCCCUGAAGGAGUAUGGUGUCAUGCGUGUUAGGAAUGUUAAGGAGAGUGCAGCACACGAUUACACAUUAAGAGAACUUAAGCUUUCUAAAGUUGGGCAAGGGAACACAGAGAGAACAGUCUGGCAAUAUCACUUCAGAACUUGGCCUGAUCACGGAGUCCCAAGUGACCCUGGUGGUGUACUAGACUUUCUGGAGGAGGUGCACCAUAAGCAGGAGAGCAUUUCUGAUGCAGGGCCAGUUGUGGUCCACUGCAGUGCUGGGAUUGGGCGAACAGGAACUUUCAUUGUGAUUGAUAUUCUUAUUGAUAUAAUCAGAGAAAAAGGUGUGGACUGUGAUAUUGAUGUUCCAAAGACCAUUCAGAUGGUGAGAUCACAACGGUCAGGAAUGGUUCAGACAGAAGCACAGUACAGAUUUAUUUACAUGGCAGUACAGCACUACAUUGAAACGCUACAGCGCAGAAUUGAAGAGGAGCAGAAGAGUAAGAGAAAAGGUCACGAAUACACAAACAUUAAAUAUUCUUUAUCGGACCAGACAAGUGGGGAUCAGAGCCCUCUUCCACCCUGUACACCAACCCCAACAUGUCCAGAAAUGAGAGAAGAUAGUGCUAGAGUAUAUGAAAAUGUGGGGCUGAUGCAACAGCAGAAAAGCUUCAGAUGAGAAGAUGUACAGAGACUUCCAUGCAAAGGCACAAACGAAUAUGGUUUUUAAAAAGGUCAAGAAAGAGGUGGAAGAAGCUUCACAUGAACGGUGAACUCUGAGGGCUUGGUACCUUUUUAUUUACGGUUUUAAUCCUUCAACAGUAGGCAAAUCUUAAGACCAUCUAAAGAUUGUUUAUAUCUCUUCUCUCCAAUACCUGAUUUACAAUUGCUCAUUUUCCAAAUAAAAGGAAAUCCUUUCUACAAUGUAGACAACUACUUUGUAGAGUCAGUUUUGAAUCCUGCAAACUGUUGGACUGUCAUCCAUUUGUUUUUUAAAUAGUAUUUUUG